AAUUCUAUUCCCUAUUCCUAUUGCCUGUUGCCUGGCAUUGUGUGAUAGACUUUAUUGCUAUACCCUCGUUGCCAUCGCGAUUCGUUUGUUUAUGGCGAAGGGUCGCGUGAUUCGCGUCAGCUUUUGCGUCGUGCGAGUUGCGACACGACUCGUGCCAGUCGUGCCCACUGUCACUGUGUUGUCAGCCUAUCCCCAACACUGGCUGUCGCUGGCUGUUUCGUCCGGAAUCUUGCAAGUUCUUGCAACACUGCUCGUGCCGGCAGAUUAGUUUUACGAGGAUUUUUCGAAUGUAAGUGUAUAAGCAAUAGUAGUAUACAAUUAAUAACAUCGGUGAUUCUUUAAGAAUAUUCUUACUAGUAUCAUACUUUUCACAAUGUAAUUCAUUACAUUUUUAUCAAAGAGUGCUUUUGUUUAUGUUUGCUGCUGGGUAUGUUAACCUCACUAAUUUUCAACUUCAUAGCAGUAUACAAUGUCAGAAAUGGACGCUGAACCCGGAACAUCUAAAGAGUGCGAGAAAGAAAAUGUACCGGCUGUUUUGAAUGGCGAAUUAUUCGUCAUAAAAAGUACAGAUGGCAAUAAAAUUACAGCUCAAUGUGAGCUUUGCAAUGCCAAACAUAAGAAAACAAUGAUAAAAGGUGCAAUAAAUGCGACAUCGAAUUUUCGUUUACACCUAAAGGUAAAGAGAUUACAUCCCAUAGAAUUCAAGAAAUUCGCCGAGAAGUCGAUAAAAUUUAAUCGUAAAAAAAGAAAAGUGGCAAAUGAAUAUGAUGAAUCU